AUGACUGAGUUGCUACGUGCUAGAUUGGAUGGGCUAAUAUCCAAUACAGAACAAAACAUAGCAUCAUUAGAAAAUGAAUCAUCAAAACUAACUGUCACUGGAUUAGCAACCACCAUACCCAAACUAUUUUUAUCUCUAAAAACUCUUAUCGAGGAAUCUGAAGAUGCUUUACUCGAUAUAAAACGACCAAGCCAGAAAGCUGCACUCGCACAAUCCAUUGCUCAACAAAAACAAGCAGUUAAACUUUUGCAGCAACGGUUUCAAACUGCUCUUGUGACUGCUCGUAAAGCAAUAAAAACCAAGGCCCAAAACGAUAGAGAAUCACUUUUAGCACUUGGUUCAGCAAGCAAAACAGAUAGAUCAAAUGCAGCAGCCAUACAAGCAAGUAACGACAUCACUUAUGGAUUGAAACAGGCAGUGCAAAUGAUAUCUGCAGAAGUCGAGCGAAGUAUAGAAACAGUAAACACUCUAGAGCAAUCUACAAACACACUGAACCGUACCCAGCAAGAGUAUAGCAUGAUUGGAGAUAGGCUUGGCGUGUCUAAAUCCAUCAUAUCAUCGCUCAACAGUCGCGACUGGAUGGAUCGAGCAUUGCUUGGUGUUGGAUUACUUGUAUUUACACUGACAAUGAUGUAUAUUAUUGGCAGAAGAAUGUGGAUACCGGGAUACGCAUGGAUUUCGGGUGAAUGUGCUAUGAGUACAUCGUGGUUUUGUUUCUAA